GAUAAUAUUUACUUCCUCCGCGAGGCAAGCUCUAGUAGUACAGUAAGUGAUCUCCAGAUGCAAGCAGGCUUCUGCUUUGCAGAGUGCAAGAUAGGGGCACAGAAAGAGAGAGGGAUGAAUUCUUACUUAGAGUAUAUUUCCAGUGGCAAUGUUCUAGCCUUCUCUCCCAAGUUCUGUCAUUCAGAUCAUCGUUCAGUUUCUUUACAGUCUUAUGCCUAUGGAGGAGAUAACUGUACAACCUUGCAGAGAGAUAUGCAACCAUCAACUCAUCACCGUCCUUUUCACCGAACCGUACCUUCACCUUUUGCUCCAGGAGGCCUUGAGUUUUCUUACGAUUCCCAUCCACCUGCGGAAUGUAAUUUGCCUUAUGGUUCAGGGUACGAGUUCAGAUACGGAUCCGGUUGUCAAGAUGGAGACACCAGCGGGGGACUGAGUUCGUAUUCUCCGUCUUCUGUUUACUCGGGAAAUGGAUCCAUUCCGUUCGGUGAACACGUUGAUUACAGUUCAGCCAUCAGCGAGCUGGACCAGUUUGCACACUUUAAUAAAAAGCAUCAAGACUGUUAUACAGGGAUAUACCCAAACUCUUCACUUCCUCAAGGUUGCCACCUUGCACUUGAUUCUGCGCCUGAUGACGCGCUUGGACAUAUGUUCGAGUGGAUGAAGGUUAAAAGAAACCCUCCCAAAACAAAUAAACAAACAGAAUAUGGAACAUACGGCCCUUCAAGCACAAUGCGUACAAAUUUCACUACAAAACAACUCACAGAACUGGAAAAGGAAUUUCAUUUCAAUAAAUACUUGACAAGAGCAAGGCGAGUAGAAAUUGCAAACUCGCUUCACCUCAGUGAGACACAGGUUAAAAUCUGGUUUCAAAACAGAAGGAUGAAACAAAAGAAAAGGGAACGAGAAGGCUUUCUAACUAGCACUUCACCUAAGAGUUCAACUAAGCAUUCACCUACGUCAGCUGUUCAGUCAAGAGACACUUCCCCAAUUCCUUCCCCGUUAACAGAGAAUCCCAAAGAAGCAUAAAAUGGCAAAUACCUACUGCUGUACACAUGUGUCUUCGUACUCUAUUUGAUAGGAUAAAAAAGGGAUAAAAACACCAAAGAGUAUCUGCAUUGCAGAAUGUUAAAAAUUUCAGGUGUCUGAAACAAAAUACAGGGAAUUUGGUGUACCUCUAAUACGAAUGGAUUUAUAUAAAGAAAGCAUUUUCUGUUUGCACUGUCAAAGUUUUUAUAUAUUUUAUUAGCAUCUGUUGUGUUUUAUCAAUUGUUUCCAAGUAUUGUCUGUUGUACAAAGCCUUCGAGACUCAACAGGUUUAAUUCAAUACUUGUGUGGGUUUUUAAAGUGUGAUGCAAAAAUCAAAUCAGGGCAGCUUAAACUAUAUUUAUACAAGUUAUGCUUGAACAUCGUAGUGGUACUAUGUGUCUCUGUUGUGUGUGUGUGUGUGCGCGCGCAACACAGGUACACGCAAAUAUUAUAUUGUUACCUUCCCGUGUAUGAAAACUGCAUAACAUAUGAGCGCCAUAAGAUAAGCGUGGAUGUGGAACCGUUAACAAAAAAGUUUGUUUUGUCUCUGCAUCAAACCGCAGGAUUUGGCAAACAUUUCAAUCUCCAUACUUUCAGCGGAUAUCCCUGUGGACUUAGCAAUAGUUGGAAGGAUAAAGUGUCUUGCUCAUUUAAGAAGUCAAAGGCUUAUGUAUGCACUAUGUAUAGACAAGUUGUCAUCAUGUCAGUUAUAAAGAAAAAAAGUUUAAGGUUACCACAAGAUGUUGUAUUAUUUAUUACAGAUCAAGACAGGUUUUGUGGAAUUACCCAAACGGUUGCAAUGCUUUGGACUUUUUUCAUUCCUAGACCCAUUUGGGGAUACUAGUGAUAAGGGGGCAAUCUAUCAGGGAUGUUUUCCACAGAGGGAAAACAGUUCAGUUCCAGUACUGUGUUAAAUAAUUCAGCCCCUCGUGAAUGCAGAGGUUCAAGAAAAAAAGAGGCUUUUUGAUGCUCUAUUUUAAUCACCAGUGUGAAUGUAAUUUAUGCACAAUGAUUACUGACGGUGGAUAAAUAAGCCAUAUAAGCUGUUUUGUAACAAGGUGCCUAAAUGUUGCAUUCGGUAUGUUUAAUGUUUUACUUAAAGCAUCAGGGAUUUGUGUUCUAUUUAUUUUCUGUGACAAAACGCUGCAUGGCAGCUGCAAACUGUUAAAACGUUACAUUGCUGUUUCGGUCUGUUGUGUUGCAUUUUUACAUUUUUUUA